AUAAAUAAAUAAAAUAAACUCUGUAUUUUUAUUUUUUUUUUUCACUUUUCAGAUACACUUUCCCUCUCAUUUCCCAUCCGCUUUUCUUUUCUUUUCUUUUCCAUCUCACUACUCUCACGCCCCCUCAGAGUUAUCCCAUGGAAUACACCCCAUCUUCCCCGUGACUUCGAUUUCCUCUCCUCAUGAUUCCAACCUCUCUUCUCCUCUUCUUCUGUUUCUUCUCUCACUACCAUGCGAUCUCCUCAAUUCCAGGCAGCGCGUAACGGUGAGACGCCGUCGCCGUCGCCGCCACAGCAACGUCACAACCAUCACCACUACAACCAGACUCCCUUUCACUCCACACUCGCCGUACAAAAGCUCCGUCGAUUCAACUGGCUCAUAUUCAUCUUUCGUCUCGCCGCUUUCUUCUUCUCCUGUCCUUCCUCCGUCUUCAUGCUUACUAACUCCCACGGCUCCUCUCACUGGUACGAUUUCGAUGCUUUCAGAUUCGUAUUCGCAGCAAAUGCAAUAGUAGCGUUGUACUCUUUAUUCGAAAUGGUGGUAUCCGUUUGGGAAAUUUCUUGGGGACUCACUAUCUUUCCCGAAGCCUUACAAGUGUGGUUUGACUUUAGCCACGACCAGGUGUUCGCGUACCUGUUAAUGUCUGCUCAGUCGGCGGGAACAGCGCUGGCGAGGGUGCUGAAAGAGGACCAGGCCACGUGUAACACAUCCAGCUGGUUCUGUAUGCAGGCUGACAUAUCCAUAGCCCUCGGAUUUGCCGGGUUUCUAUUCCUAGGGUUUUCUUCCUUGCUUUCGGGUUUUCGGGUCGCCUGUCUAAUUAUCAACGGUUCUCGUUUUCAUCUCUGAAUUUGAUGAGAGAGAAAAACAAAGAUUGGGUGCGUGAGGGUGUUGCUUUUCUUACUGUGUGUCCUGCUAUUGGACGACUCUGAUUAGUGAUUAGAUGUAGAUGUGACGUGGCACUGGCGACUCUGUGUGUAUAUUGACCAUGUUUAAAGAUCAUUUGUCUAUUCUUUCUUAAUUUUACUUCAUUUUUAUUUUA